AUGGCCCCCCGUGGACGCUCCCUCCAGCAAGGCCUCGAUCGAGACAUCUACCAGAUUGUCCGCAAAUACCUCGACGACAAAAACGAGUCGCCUCUCAAACUCCGCAUCUCCACUGUCCAGGAGCAUAUCCAGAGAUCCAACUCCAGCCUGAAGAGACGGCCGAAGAAGCAGCUGGAGGACUCGAUCGAACGCGUCAUCGACGUUAUGCGCGAGGACGAAGAGAUCAGCGACGAGAUUGCCGACAUCGACGGCGAUUUUGGCGAACCGGAAGAGAAAGCCUCAAAAGAGAGCAAGUCGGCCGACUUCAUGAACAAGCAGAUCAUUGGCGCCUGGGCCACCUCCGGUGCCGUCGCCCCCUCCACGGCCAAUGGUGACAAGGACAAGAGCAAGAAACGUGAGAGCGCUCGGGGCGGAGAGAGGGACAGCAAAAGACAGAAAAAGACGGAGUCGAAAGAGUCCAAAAUCGACGUUGCGCCGCCUACUGGCGUCAGCCUGGAGGAUCUCGGUGGUGUGAGCAAGGUCAUGAAUCAGCUGAAGGAGCACCUCGUACUGCCGCUGCUCUGUCCCGAGGAGUAUGUCCAGCGAGAGAUUCCCAUUCCGCGAGGCAUCCUGCUGCAUGGCCCCCCCGGAUGCGGAAAGACGGUCAUCUGCCGAGCAGCUGCGGCCGAGCUGGGCGUGCCGUUCAUCGAGAUCCUCGGCCCGUCUGUCGUCUCGGGCAUGUCUGGAGAGUCGGAGAAGCAGAUCCGCGAGCACUUUGAGCGCGCCAAGGAGGUGGCGCCCUGCCUCAUCUUCAUCGACGAGAUCGACGUAAUCGCACCCAAGCGCGACAACGCGCAGAGUCAGAUGGAGAAGCGCAUCGUCGCUCAGCUCCUCAUCUCCAUGGACAGCUUGGCAAUGGAAGGCAACGAUGGAAAGCCUGUCAUCGUUCUCGCAGCAUCCAACCGACCGGACAGUCUGGAUCCCGCACUGCGUCGCGGAGGACGAUUCGACACCGAGAUCAACAUGGGCGUCCCCAACGAAGCCAUGCGCGAGUCGAUCUUGCGAGCAUUGACGCGCAAGCCCAAGCUCUCCGAGGACGUCGACUUCGCUGCUCUCGCCAAGAUGACCGCCGGUUUCGUCGGCGCCGACUUGAAGGACCUGGUCAGCAAAGCAGGCACCUGGGAAAUGGAGCGGUACCGCGAGGCCCUGGAACUGCAAGCCGCGGCAAACGAGACGGAAAUGGAAGUCGACACGACCAAAGUCACCGCCGACGACGUCGAGACCAUACGCUCCUGGCGCCGCCUCGUCCUGCGCGUGCGCGACAAGGACGCCACGCGCCCCGCCGGCUUCGAAGACUCGGUCAUCUCAAUGGAAGCCUUCCAAGCCGUCCUGCCCACCAUCACGCCCUCCUCGAAGCGCGAAGGAUUUGCCACUGUGCCGGAUACCACGUGGCGCGACGUCGGCGCGCUCGAAGGCGUCCGCGACGAGCUCGAAAUGGCCAUUGUCGAGCCCAUCCAGAACCCGCAACGCUACGCCAAAGUCGGCAUCUCAGCGCCCACGGGCGUGCUCCUCUGGGGCCCCCCAGGGUGCGGUAAGACACUCCUCGCCAAAGCCGUCGCUGCCGAGUCGAAAGCAAACUUCAUCAGCGUCAAGGGUCCCGAGCUGCUGAACAAGUACGUCGGCGAAUCCGAGCGCGCCCUACGCCAAGUAUUCAUGCGCGCCCGCAGCUCGGUGCCGUGCGUGAUAUUCUUCGACGAACUCGAUGCGCUCGUGCCCAAGCGCAGCUCCGAGCUACACGAAGCCUCAGCGCGCGUCGUCAACACGCUGCUCACGGAGCUCGACGGCCUCAGCAUGCGCGAAGGCAUCUACCUCAUCGCAGCCACCAACCGGCCCGAGAUGAUCGACGAAGCAAUGCUGCGCCCCGGCCGUCUGGAAACCCUGCUCUACGUCGAGCUGCCCAAGCCCGAGGAGCGCGUCGAUAUCCUGCGCGCGCUUAUCCGGCAGCGCGGUGUUGUCAGCGAGGACCUCGCGGCCGUCGCUAGGCUGCCCGCCUGCGACAACUUCUCCGGCGCGGAUCUCGAGAGCUUGCUGCGCAAGGCAGGGCAGGCGGCGCUUAGGCGGAAGGCGGAUGUCGUUGAGGAGAGGGAUGUGCUGGAAGCGGUCAAGACCAUCCGGCCGAGCGUGGGCGAUGUUAAGAAGUAUGAGGAUUUGAGGAGGAGGUUUGAGACGAAGCUGUUCUAG